CUCCCAUGGCUCUUUCCCCAGGUGUGUUCCUUAUUCCCUAUGUCCUCAUUGCCCUGGUCGGAGGAAUCCCCAUUUUCUUCCUGGAGAUCUCACUGGGCCAGUUCAUGAAGGCCGGCAGCAUCAACGUCUGGAACAUCUGUCCUUUAUUCAAAGGCCUGGGCUAUGCCUCCAUGGUGAUCGUCUUCUACUGCAACACCUACUACAUCAUGGUGCUGGCCUGGGGCUUCUAUUACCUGGUAAAGUCCUUCACCACCACUCUGCCCUGGGCCACGUGUGGCCAUACCUGGAACACUCCUGACUGUGUGGAGAUAUUUCGCCACGAAGACUGUGCCAAUGCCAGCCUGGCCAAUCUCACAUGUGACCAGCUUGCUGAUCGUCGGUCCCCUGUCAUCGAGUUCUGGGAGAACAAAGUCUUGAGGCUCUCUGCAGGGCUGGAGGUGCCAGGGGCCCUCAACUGGGAGGUGACCCUAUGUCUGCUGGCCUGCUGGGUCCUGGUGUACUUCUGUGUGUGGAAGGGAGUCAAGUCAACAGGAAAGAUCGUGUACUUCACUGCUACAUUCCCCUAUGUGGUCCUCGUCGUGCUGCUGGUGCGUGGAGUGCUACUGCCUGGGGCCUUGGAUGGCAUCAUCUAUUAUCUCAAGCCUGACUGGUCAAAGCUGGGGUCACCUCAGGUAUGGAUAGAUGCUGGGACCCAGAUUUUCUUCUCUUACGCCAUCGGCCUGGGGGCCCUCACAGCCCUGGGCAGCUACAACCGCUUCAACAACAACUGUUACAAGGAUGCCAUCAUCCUGGCACUCAUCAACAGCGGGACCAGCUUCUUUGCUGGCUUUGUGGUCUUCUCCAUCCUGGGCUUUAUGGCCACAGAGCAGGGCGUGCAUAUCUCCAAAGUGGCUGAAUCAGGGCCAGGCCUGGCCUUCAUCGCCUACCCCCGGGCUGUCACGCUGAUGCCUGUGGCCCCACUCUGGGCUGCUCUGUUCUUCUUCAUGCUGCUGCUGCUCGGCCUGGACAGCCAGUUUGUAGGUGUGGAGGGCUUCAUCACCGGCCUCCUCGACCUCCUCCCGGCUUCCUACUACUUCCGUUUCCAAAGGGAGAUCUCCGUGGCUCUCUGCUGUGCCCUCUGCUUUGUCAUCGACCUCUCCAUGGUGACAGAUGGUGGGAUGUAUGUCUUCCAGCUGUUUGACUACUACUCAGCCAGUGGCACCACCCUGCUCUGGCAGGCCUUCUGGGAGUGUGUGGUGGUAGCCUGGGUGUAUGGAGCUGAUCGCUUCAUGGAUGACAUUGCCUGUAUGAUUGGGUACCGACCUUGCCCCUGGAUGAAAUGGUGCUGGUCCUUCUUUACCCCGCUGGUCUGCAUGGGUAUCUUCAUCUUCAAUGUUGUGUACUAUGAGCCGCUGGUCUACAACAAUACCUACGUGUACCCGUGGUGGGGCGAGGCCAUGGGCUGGGCCUUUGCACUCUCCUCCAUGCUGUGUGUGCCCCUCUAUCUGCUGGGCUGCCUCCUCAGGGCCAAGGGAACCAUGGCAGAGCGCUGGCAGCACCUGACCCAGCCUAUCUGGGGCCUCCACCAUUUGGAGUACAGAGCUCAGGAUGCAGAUGUCAGGGGCCUGACCACCCUGACUCCAGUGUCCGAGAGCAGCAAAGUUGUGGUGGUGGAGAGUGUCAUGUGACGGGCAACCCCAGCUCACAUCACCAGCUCAUCCUCUGGUAGCCAUAGCAGCCCCUGCUUUAGCCCCCACCCCACCCCUCCAGGGGGCUUGCCUUUCCCUGACAAGUUUUGGGGUCUGCCUGGGGGGAGGGGAGGAAGCACCUUGAGUGCUAAAAUAACUUUUUUCCAUUUUUAAUAAAACGCCAAAAAUAUCACAACCCACCAAAAAUAGAUGCCUCUCCCCCCAACCUCUGGGCCCUAGCCAAGCUGGUCCAUGCGUUGCUCCCAGGCCCUGCCUCCCAACUCUCCUCUCCAGGACCCAUCUCCUACCCCUGCUAGGCCCAUCCUGCCCCCAUCCCUAGGCUCUGCUCUGUUAAACAUCCUUGGGUGGCCCCUCACCCCCAGAAGCAGCAGUGGUAGCUUGGGGAACAGGAGGGAAGGGGGAGGCAGGAUGGGGGGAGAGGGAUGUGCAGGGGAUCCUAGGUGAAUGUUUAAGCUGGACUGCACCCCUCUUCCCACCCCUAUCCCUGUUCUAGAAGCUUAGAGAGCCAGCCAGCAACGGAACCUUCUGGUUCCUGCGCCAAUUGCCACCAAUAUCAAUUGUGUGAGCUUGGGUCUGAGUGCACGUGUGAGUGUAGAGGAUGUGUAGAUCUCUCCUAGAGAAGGCGAAUACCAGAUGUUAACUGUGCCUCUGGGCAACGGAGGCUUGUAUUUUGCACAUUUUAUAAAAACUUGAGGAGUGAGAUUUCUGCUUGUAUAUUUCUAAAAAGAGAGCCCUAACCGUCCCCUCUCCUUACCACUCCCUUCCCUCUCAGCCCAUCCUUCCUCUUGCCCCUAGCCAAGGAGUGUGAAUUUAUAGAUCUAAUUUUCAUAGGCAAAACAAAAGCUUCAAGCUGUUUGAGCGUGUGAGUCUGUUGAGUGGAUGUGCGUGUGUGGCCCCCAGCCCCACACUGGGGUGGGAAAGUGCAUGGUGGGGGCCUCAAAGGUGUCCCCACACUGCUCCUUUGUCCCCAAGUCUGUGGGAGGGGGAGGCUGCAGCACCCUGUCCCAGGAUCUGGGGCUGCUCACCUGGCAUGCUCAGGCUUGCCCACACCCUGCUCCCUGGGCUGGGCUCCAUUGCAGGGAUCAUCCAUGGGCACAGCCCAGGGAAGGGAUCCCGGGCACAGCUCCCACCUCCAAGCUUAAGGCUGAUGCACUUUCCACAUCUUGAGUCUUCCGUGUAGCAGCUUUAACCCACCUCUGUGUCCCGUCAAGCCCAAAAUGGCUUAGUGGCCCCUAGAAAGGCUUACCCCACCCAGAGACCUAGGCUGGAGGAGUGGGGCUGAGUGAGGGCACAGGGCUGCAGGGACGUUCUUACUGUGCUAAAAAGCCACUGCAAACAUAGCAAUAAAAACACGUCAUUUUCCAAAACUGG